GCCACUUUAAGCUGGUUUGAAGAAUGACGCAGCGGAGUUAGCAGCGCCUCCUAAGUGCACAUCCCACCAAUUGGAGCUAUGCUCCGGGCAGGGGAGACACUUGUACCCGUUUGUGCGGUGGGUCUCCGCCGGCGGUGGGAUUCGAACCCGCCACCUCCCGAAGCCGAGGCCGGCGCCCUAACCAGUGCGCCACGACUUCGGUGACAUUUCGAAGGUUAACAUCGUGUUUUGUGCGCGGGAACGCUUUCUCCCUCUUACCUACUCUGGAAUCCUUUUGUUCCCUUCUGUUCGCCUGAGGCAAAUCUGGGGUGCGAUUUUGUAGAAAUGACUUUUUUCAUGCCAAUGCCUUUUCGCGUGACGUCACCGAUUUCGGAAAUUGUGUAUACGUAGGCACGACGUUUUCUUGGAUCGUCCAAUCAGAAGCUCCCUUCAUUGGCCGGAUGUUUCUUUCGUAUUCUCUUCUCUUCUUCCGGGACUGUAUAGCAAAUUUGUUUUGUAAAACGGCACUUAAUAAAAGCGGACUUCCAUGCUGCGUAAAGCAAAUUCAUUUUGUUACAUUACAACGCAAAAGCUGCCGCAGUCCAAAGAAAUGCAAACGCAAGUGCUCUAUUUUUGAAGCCGUAGCCACAUAGUAGUCGGAUGUGCAUCCAAUCCAUGCCGUUGAGCGCACGCAAGAUGGCAGCCUUUGUUUACCUGUGAACAGCUGACAGCCCCUAGCGUGUCUGUCUGAACAGCUGACAGCCCCUUGCGUACCCGUAAUUGCGGCCCCGCCCCCGUCAGAUGCUGAUUGAGGUGAGUAACUAUUGCUCGUGUAGUGCUUGCAUUGUCGUGUGGUUUUCGCUGCAUGUCUGACGUGUGAUAAUUUCUUCUUUAGGGAGGGCCAAGAAGAAUUAUCCGUAGCCCCCGAGGUGAAACUUUGCAACAUAGUGGAUCGAGAACUGUCAAGGCAUUUUCCAUAGGGCACCGCCAUGACAUAACGAUAGCUUCGUCAAAGUUAUCGCUGCAUCGGUAAUACUUCCUGCACUGAUACGCUCCGAGAAAGAAGCGGCUACAGCAUUAAAUGGCUACUGGAGGUGGCAAAGUGGGUGGCGUCGACGUCCGCGUCCUCGACGUCCUUAUGAGGACAGGAGGGGACCUUGUUUCCCCCCCUGAGUACUUCGCCGACAGCGAGGACGACGCAAGUUCAGAGGAAGCUGCAGGGCCCAGCGGUUCCCGCAGACAUCCACCAGCGACAACUGCUUUCGUGGUGUCGGGCCCUGCAGCUGUUGCUGGGCCAAGUGGCCUUACACAGCCACCGGCUACCCCCCAGGUGCUGCGGCCUACCCCCCAGGUGCCUCGGCCUACCACCCAGGUGCCUAAGCCAACCCCGCAGGUGCCGCAGCCAACCCCGCAGGUGCCGCAGCCAACCCAACAGGUGUCGCAGCCAACCCCGCAGGUGCCGCAGCCUACCCCCCAGCCUACCCCUCGAGAGCCACGGGCACCCCGUAGACAGCCCAGGCAGCAGGAACUCGAUGGUGCUGUGGUGACGGCUACUGCCGCAUACGUUCGCCAGAGCCAGUUGGAGGAAGCCAGAGUUCAAGAGGACACCCGCUUCCGCCAACAACUGCUGGAGCAAAACCGGCAGCACCACGAGGCCCACAUGCAGAGCCUGCGGCAGCACCACGAGGCCCACAUGGAGAGCCUGCGGCACCUCGGGGAGGAGGUGGCGGGAAUGCGGGAAGUGCAGUCGCAGCGCCUCGAAGUGCAGCGGCAGCGCCUCGAAGUGGCGCGUCGGUCGCACGAGACCAACGAACGCCUGCUUGAGCUGCUGCUGGCUGCACUGGGGCAUGGUGGCAGCCAAGCCCCUCCCCCCUCUCAGGCCCCACAUAAUUAAAGGAUGCAAAGGUAGCAUAGACAAGGAAUUGGUAACUUAUCUUAAAAUUUACUGAUGUAUUAAUGAUAUGAAGGGCAAAUAUUGCUUGUUUGCAAAUAAAUAAUUGCUGAAGUCACCCUUUAAUGCAACCAUAAGUAGCAUAGCCAUUGCAGCAUGAAUUUUUUCUUCAAGGUUUACUUCAGCCAUAAGAGCGUGCACACCAUCAGGCUCACCUGCAAAAGUGCCUGUAGGCCUGGUGUGUGCGGGCAUUCCGACUGUGGCACUGCAAUCUUGAGGUGCCUAGUUAUUGUCAUGUCAAUUUAAGCACGACGCCACACUGCAGGUGUUCUACAAUUUAAUCCUUGUCAUCGAAUGGUGAAAGUCUCAGGCCUUACUAUAAUGUCGAAAGCAACCUGUCAAUAUACACAGCAAAAAAGAAAAAAAAAGUUAUGAAAAUUCCUUGCCUAUGCUCCUUCUUUUCAUUUGUAAUGUUUAUUUUUUGUUUGUUGCAUAUUUGUUUGUGUCACUACCUACUGAGCUGGAAUGUCUUUUCUUGCACAUCUGUCUUAUUAUCAAACAUUUUGUUGUCAUUCAGUAAUCUUUCAGGUUGUGAUACAUUGUAUUUUAGCCCUUGUGGUGCAAUUUGUGUGUAAUAUUUAUGCAGUUUGUCUUACUGAAUAUCAAAGUAUGGUGCUAUGGCUCUUUCAGUUUCAGAGCGCCACAACAGCAUGUUCCUUUCACAUGUAGUGAUGUACCUAUACAUUUCGCUGUGAUAAAUAUUCGGUUGGCGUGUGAUUUAAGCACCUGCUCAUUUCUGUUUCUGGUGCAGUUUAAGCCAGUUAUUAUUACUGUGUACUUGUGCAGUGUACAACAGUUUUCUUAAACGAUGCAUGCCGUUACCUGUGAUAUAUUAUGAUGCAAGAACAAUGUGAUCCAAUAUUUAUUCCAACGUGUCUGUGAUAUGUUGCAUAAUGUCUCUACUACUGAGUACUCAUGAUUCUCACACUUCUUCAAUGUAGAGACUGUCGCAUGUGAUGUGUAUAUAAACAAGUGUAUGUUGAAGGCUGAAAUACAGAAAGGUGCAGUUUUC